AGCUGAGCCGUGCAGGAAGUCGGUUGUCCGGGAUUGGUCGUCUCCGGGUCCCGAUAAGGUUUUGCGUCCAGCGGUGCCAUCAGGACACACUCCAUUCGUCGUUCGUUGGUCCUUUUGGUUUCGAUAGCGCGCGAGAGCAACAGGAGCGGCUUGUGUCUACGGUGUGAAACCGUUUGUGUUGGACUGUGUUGGAUCACGAUGCCGCUUAUGUAAUUUCGUGCAGCAUGGAAGCAAAUUUGCGCUAGUGUGUGUACGUGUCUGUGUGUGAUUCUUUUCGAGAACGAGCGGCAGUGGUUGUGUAAUGGUUCGGCAACGAACAUCGGGUGUGUUUGGUUCGGUUGUUCGGUAGAGACGAAGCGACAGUGUAGAUGUUUUGUGGUGUGGUGUCUGCGACCCUAUCCUGUUGCCCAUAGUAACGCAUCCUUUCUCCGGGACGGCUAACGUCUCGACACCUACACACUCCGAUUGCUCUUAUCACGCUCUAUCUAAAUCGCUUCAGCUGCUUGGAGCUGACAUAGGACACACACACACAGGACGCUCUAGUGAAGUAACGAUUUCCUUGCUCGAAGUUACUUGAAGUAAGUGAAGACACAGUAUUGCCGUGGAGGGUGUCGGUCGCGUGUGUGAUGUGCAACUAACCGUAACACGGGGUUACCCCACCCCAGUGCAGUGCCGAACGAACGAGCGAACGUCGUAACCGAUCUUAUGAAACCGUUCGCCGGGAACGCGCGCCAUAGGAUGCCCUUGUCCGGUCACUGUAACAACGCUGCUGCCACCACCACCACCCUUCACCUUUCCGGGACCGUGUAUCAUGCUCACGGAGUCUAUCGUCGAGCGUGCGACGCCCCACGACAAGAGCCACCAGCAAGGACUGCGGAGAAGCAACCGAAUCGCAGCCGCUCCGACCGAACCACAACCGGCCAACGAAACCGGCAGCAAAGUGUACUCCUUCAGCACCGGUCCCACCGGCAGCAAACCGUCCUCAACUUCGAUCCUUCAGCGUGUCCGUCAGCAGCUCUCCAAGCGGGCGCUUAAACUAACGCGCAACCGGUUCUGCUCGUCCCAGGAAAACCUCGGCGCCUCCGAGUACCGGAAGGAUCGGCGCGUCCACGGACUGCAACUGCCACUCCAUCCACUCCAGCUCGUCGGUUGGUUUGCUUUGGCCCUGUUCGGCUACUCCACGUUCGGUGUGCUGAUACCGGCCCUAGAACCAUCCCUCCAGCCUCCGCUCUACAUCGCCCUGACCGGCCUGUACCUGCUGCAUCUCGCGUCCCACCUAACCGCCCUGCUGCUCGAUCCGGCCGAUCCCGAGCUGCGACGUAUCGCGCCCGCCAGCAAGACGGUCGUGCCCGAGUUCGACCGGACCCGGCACACGCACGUGAUCGAGAACGGGCGGUGCCACCUGUGCAACAUCCGGACGACCAGCGCCCGCACCAAGCACUGCAGCGUGUGCAACAAGUGCGUCGGCACGUUCGAUCAUCACUGCAAAUGGUUGAACCAUUGCGUCGGUGGCCGGAACUAUGUCGCCUUUCUGAUGUGUGUGGUGAGUGCGGUCAUCGCGGCACUGGUCAUACUGGCCGCCGCCCUCGUCGAGAUCGUGCUGUACCAUGUGCAGCCGGUCGGGUGGCUUAAUCUCGCCUGGUUCGGGCUGGUGCAGGUGGCCGAUCUGCACACCACCACCACCACCACCACCACCACCACUGCCCCGAUCGGAGCGGACGAUGGGGGGACGACGGGCGCUGUCGAGCUUGAGUUGACCACCGCCGCCAGUACGGCGGGCGAUGAUGUGACCGGUGGACUGCUGUUCGAGAACUUUACCACCUCCGCCCAGGACAUCCUGCUCAAUGGGACGGUCGGUGGCUUAUUUGGCGGUUCGGCGGUUGGGAACGGUACUGGCACGACCGUGGAGGCGGCAGCCAACACGACAACCCAACCGGCCGUCGCGGAAGGUAUCGGGCUGCAUCACACGGUGUUUUUAGUGUUUGUGGCAUCGCUGGGAAUACUGGCGGCAAUUGCCGCUGGGCUACUCUUGCAUCUCUGCUUCUUUCACAUCUACAUCUCGUUUUUGGGUCUUACGACGUACGAAUACAUACGCAACAGUCGGCAAGCGGCGGCAGCGGCGGCUCAGCAGAACGGAGCAGGCGGCGGCACGACGCACCUGUCCAAUGGGCCACCGCAGCUCGGUGGAGCUGACGCCGCAAAGCACAACACCCUCUUCUCCAGCUGUACACACGCCGGAACGCGCAAGUUCCCCGAGGUGUACAUCUGCUCCUCGAUCAAUCAGAAGACUAACGCCACGAUCAACGCCUCGCCGGCUGGCGUAUCGUUCGUGGGACGCGGCAGUGCUGCCAACACACAGACUCACACAUCCGCCAUCAUUCUGCCCGGCCAGCUAAACGAUCUCAACCGGGUGCGACCUCGCACGCUGCACUGCUGCGAUAGUGGUAGUACCGAGUGUCGCAACAACAUCACCGCUGCCGGUGUGCGUACACUCACGGCGACCGCUAACGUUGCGUCGAGUUCGUCCAGCAGCACCACUACUACGACGUCCACGGGCGGUGGCGAAGAUGAGCGACGGCGUGAACAUCUCGAGCAGCAGCAGCACCAUCACCAUCAGAAGGCUGCCUUCUAUCUCUGCUCGAUGCUGGAGGACGAUCCGCACGAAGAGCCGACGGAAGGGAAGAGUACCUCCGGCAACUGUCAGGGCACGCGAACGUUUCACUGCUGCUCGCAGUACAGCCGGCAGAUGGCGGCAGCUCACACGUCCUCUACGAUGACCACCAACAACAACAACAAUCACCAUCGGCAUCAUCACCAUGGGAACGAUUUUCUUGCCGCAGCAACGGCAGCGACACUGCUCGCAACCACCAUGACGACGCUUACGACCACUACGACGACAACGUCCGAGGAGGCGUACAUCCAGUACACGGAGCGGUGCUCUUGCUGCAGCUUUCAGAUGCAGAAACCGGCGGCAGGACAACCGGCGAAUGGGGACUCUACGACCCAUCAUCUCCAUCCGUACGAUGUGCAUCCCUGUCGGAGGGGAGCUGAAAAGCCGACCCUGGUCGAGGGUGGACGACGGCUGUGCUGUGCGAGCGAUAGGCUCGCCACGGUCAAGUCACACCAUCGGUGGAAGAGAAAAUGGAACUGCUGCUCGAGCGUCCCGGACAGCCCGGACGUGCCGGUGGACAUGCGAACCAUCUCCGGCACGGUGUCCGUUGCGGGCAGCCGCACGGUCAUGAGCGCUCAGUACGGGCUGGAGGAAGUGGAAGGAAGGAAUCGAAGUGUGACAGAGCAGCAGCCCGCAACGGUCGAGCGUCACAGCCACGACGCACCAGAACUGACGUGUAAUGAAAACUGUGCCAACAAUAACUGUAGUAGCGUUAGUGUUAGUAGCACCCGUGCGAUCGCAGUCCGCGCGAUCAAGGAGCGGGAUGAUGGUGCGGGUGGGUGCGAUCGAAUCGAGCGGGAACCGUCGUCCGACUCUUCGGCGAUACAAAUUCUAAACUCCGAUGCCAACGGGAACGAGCUGGUGCAGGAGGCGGGUGUAGCAUCGCCGGCCAGUGUGUCCCCUGUGCCGAAACGGCCCCGGGCAAGACUCGUAAGGCCUUGGCCCGUCGUUCGGCUGCGGCACAUGAUGCGUAUGAUCGAUCGCUACCGGAGACCACGCUGUCGGACGAAUCUGGCGAGCGGCGGUAGUAGCAGCAGCACGACGGUCGUUGCUGGCAGUUCCGGUGGCAGCUCCUCCUCUGCUGCGAGCUCCUGCGUGCAGCAAAACGCACUGGUCCGUCAAAAUCAGAUACGUCCACUGUCGUCCAGUGAGUUCGCCAGUGCUCUGCUUACAGUUCCCGGGUUCGGUGCAUCGGCAUUGGCAGCGGCGGCAGCAGCAGCAGCCGCGGCGUCCUCCACGUCCUCCAACACACCAUCGACAUCUUCGUCCGGACCGGGAUCUCCCUCUGUGCAGCUGCACUCACUGCUGCCCACGUCAACCAUACGCGGUGCGGGAGAUUCUUCAUCUGGCGCAAUCACGAUGCCAGUGUUGCCGCCACCGGCACGCCGCCGUUUGAAGGGUGGCGGCGGUAUGAUCUGUGCGGAACAGUUGCCCGAGCUGAUGGGUGACAUUGCGGUGCCGUCCUCCACGUCGGGAUCAUCCGUCCGCGGUCCGGUGCAUCCACCGAUGAGCUACCGGCGCAGUCGUCGCAAGAAUGUGAUUCGCAACCGCAGCCCGACCCUGUCGCCGAUACACGAGUCCGGCCUAUCGAAUCCGACCUCACCCCAGCCCUGUCGGCACGUGUAUCCGGCAGCUUCUAGCAGUAAUGGAACGCGUCCGCUAGUGGCCACCACUGGCUAUGUGGAUAACUCCCCGUGAGUGGGUUUAGCUAGCAAAUGCUCCGUUCUUUCUCGGUUGCUAGGCUAUAAACCCUACAUCUUCAGCCGUUAGUGCUACGAACUCCAACGAAGUUAUCGGAACGAAUGUCUGAAGUGCAUCUCUGAGCAGAGAGCUAAACUUGCGAGUGUCGCUGUGUUGUUUUGGGUUGUUAUGUAGAUGGAAGCGUUAGAAUAGGCAGGAAUCGUAGGUAGUGUGACGAAUAGUAGUAACCCCCGAGGCGACAUUGUCGCGGCGCUUGAAGACUUAGAUCCGACGUGUGAUCCAUUUUGAGGCUGACAGAUGCAACACAACUCAAGCAGCAGUGUAGUACACAAUGAACCCGACUGUAUGUGCACCACCGCUAGAAGCAACGUUGACGUAAAUGCGCUGUAUGCGAUACAACGAAAAUUUAGGAGAAAACGAAACGAAAAUCGCUGAAAAUCAUAAAUCAAAAGCUCUCGAGCGUCCCCUAGCGGGGUCUGUGUGUGUGUAUUGUGUGAGUGUGCAUCAAUCCGGCCAGAUUUAGUUGUUGCAAAGUACUAGAAGAGAGCGAUGCUUCAAAUCGUUAGAGCCGUAGAAUAUAUAUCGAAUAUCGAGAUGCCACGAAUGCGUUAGUGUAGAUAAACAAAAUUAUUUUUUAUACGAAAAACCAUGUCCAAAAGGGUUGGAGAGGAGAAGCGAAUUAAAAAAGUGGCGCAAGGAUCAUGAGAUCCUCUCCACGUGUGUCUUGUACGCAGAGAUGGAUUGUUGCCGAAGCGCGCACUAAGCGUAUCAUAUUAAAGUCCAUCGUGUAUUGGAACACGGAUAAAUUAUACAGGAGUGCGCUUUUUAACGUUGUUUGUUGGUUUCGGUGCAAAAAGAAAAGGCAGUUGGAGCAGAAAGGAUGAAGGAUCAUCAAUAGCCGGGGGGCGCGCGCUAACCUGGCCACCUUUAGAUACGUAUGCAGUAAUGUAAAAGAGAUAAGGAUCCUCGUGUUAUGUCUCUGUCUGUGUAUGUUUGCUUCCUCUGACUGCUAAAUAAUUCAAGCCCACGUAUUGGCCACCCCCAAUACCGUACUCCAGCAACUCGGAUUUUCCCGAUUCCCUUUGGUUUUUCCUUCUCCUCGUGUAACCCCGCAAAAGGUGUAGAACGUGAACCUGAUGUGCUUCAACCGAAGAAGAAGGAGUCUGUGUUUUCUCAUGAUUCGAAUUUCAUGUACAUCCAUCAAUGUGUGUGCGUGUGUAUCUCUGUGAGUGUUUUCGUCGAGUGUGAUACUGUGUAAAGAAGCAAUGAAGGGGGCAAAGAGAAGAGAAGAGCAGGAAGGGGCUUAUACGCUUUUUCUGUACGCGUGUGUCCUGUGUAUGUGUUUGUGUACGCAGCGCAGAUUUAUCAAACUCUUAAUGCCAAUAAAUAAACAAAACAGAAGUAAAGCGAGAAAGCGAACGAAUGAACGAACGGAAGCGAAUCGCCAAUAAUUUAAUGCAAAAACCCCUAUACCCAAAAGCAAAUAGACUACUUACAAGCUAACCCACUUACAGACACACAUACACACAUACACUUCUCACAAUUCAUGCAAUAUAAACCAAUAUCCGAUGUGAGUGCAGUUUGAGAGUAAAUACAAAAAAAAACGGGCAAAGCUAAUAACCAAUGUUUGAUAAAUCCUGGUAAAGCAAAACAUCAGAGGAAAAAAUCCUGAACCUAAUCGCGAAAACAGAUGUUGAGUGAGUGCUAGCCUUGUAAAGAAGAGAGAGAGAGAAAGACGUGUGUAUGGUAAUGCAACGAAAUGAUAGUGGAAAUCGGUGUGCAGAUUAUUCGUAGGAAAAAUGGAAAAAAAAGUCGAAGCGUUUGAAAGAGGAAAAACGCAUUACCGUAAAAUGCACUCAAUUCCCGUACGUUUGGCAGAAGUCCGAUGCAAUGAUGAGCUAGUUUUUAUGUUGCUCUUCAAAGCGACUCAUCAAAAAAGCACUCAUCGACACACGGCAUUGACUGCCACCACAUUGGGUGACUGUAAAAAAACGAGGAAAUUAAGGAUAGAAGAUAAACCAAAACAGGCGAUGCACAUCAAUGCAUUACGCCGGGGUAGGGCAGGAUAGACGAUGAUUGCAGAAUCUAUGUUUGUAUGUAUUGUAUAACCCCCUUAACCCCCCCCGCUGGAGAAGAGCACGGAGUGUAAAACCGUUC